UUUUGUGAAACAAAGCAGACACCACAAAAUAUCUUCUCAGCUAGCUCUCAUCUAGACUCUCUGUUCCGCUGGCAAGCUCUCCGCUGACGUGGCACCCAGACACGUCUGAAAAGCGAGACACAACUCAACUCAAACUUUUUUUUCCAUAAUGUUUUUCUCAUACAUAAACUCAAACACCUCCUUGCAUUAUUUCCUUCUCCUUAACAAAUAAUCAAGCAUCAUCGUAUUAUUACACAGAUACAUAUACAUCUGUAUACACAUAUUUUCAGACAUGGAAGGUUCUUUUCCUCCGCCGAGUUCCGCCGCCGGCUCCGAUCUCCUCCGUCGCCGGAAUUCCGAUCCGGAUUCUCAAAAGAGUGAUUCAGUGGGCACAGAAUGGACAGAUGAGAAACAUAACGAGUAUCUACAAUCUAUGGAGGCAUCUUUUGUGGACCAAUUAUAUAAUUCCUUGGAUUUGCAUGGUUCACAGUCACACAAGGAGCACUUAUCAGAUCCUAAAUCCUCCAGGCAAAUGCAUGUCAGCACUCGUAUUCCUUCUGGACAGUUUAAGGUCCUUCGGGAUGGUUGUUGGACGAAGGUUAAUUUUAGAAGAGGUGAAGCACCAUCGAGGAUUGCCAAUGAUCCACGUGAUAUUUCAGUGAAUCCAUGGGUUCGACAUUACAGGUCGGGACAUAGACACCAAACUCACCAAACUGUAGCAAGUCCUAGUAUACAAGGAAAAACUAUAUUGGAUUCAAAAAAUCCGUUUCAUAUGUUGCAGCCUAAUUUGUGCCACCACGAUACUGCAGACAGCAAUACAGAGGUGACAGACCAGAAUUUUGUUGAUGAAGAUCUUGAUAAAGAGGUGGCAAGCCAAACUGAGAUCAAAGCUGCAGUGCUUGCUAGUACAAGCAGCGACCAAGUUGUGCCUUGCAGAGAGUUCCCAGCGACAGAAGAUGCAGGGAAUAUUAAUAGCUCUUCAGUGAAAGAUUAAAGUGUUCAGUAUCCUGCAUUGAUUAGCAACCAGUAACCAAGGAAGUCCAUAGACCUGACAAAUUGUAUCCAUCUAGUGCAAAGUAUUGAAAGAUCCUUGAGAAGUACCUCCGACUCCAGACCAGCGAUUCUAGGCCAUUUCGAGAGUGAGCUGUAGGUUGAAGCUAGACCUAUAUGUUUAAUGAAAUAUGUAAUAGGUGCUAAUAUGUCUCUUAUGUAUUCUGAGAGGAGUGUGGGAAGACAUGUUCGAUGGUGCUGCAGUGGGUAGCAAAUUAGCAAUAGACCCUUCAUGUUCACCAAGACUUGCACAAUGUGCAUCAAACAUGUUUGAGUUGCGAAACUGACCGCAAAUUACUACAAGAUCCUUGGACA